GGGAAACUGAGUCCACGUUGUCAAUAAUUCAGGCUCCCGUUUCCCUUCUCCUCCACAGAUAACAAGAUGCCGGCCGUUCAUCACAAACUGCUUUUGGAGGACGCUUUGCACGACAGUCCGCAGACUCGCUCUCUGCUCAGUGUUUUUGAGGAAGAUGCCUUGAAUCUGACAGACUACACCAACAAGCUGCUUCAGACCAUGCAGCGAGUCUUUGGAGCUCAGAGUGAGAUGGGACUGGCCACAGAACAGCUCGCUCAGCAGCUUUUGGACUACGAGAAGAAAAACUUUGCCCUUGGAAAAGGUGACGAAGAGGUAAUCACCAUGCUACAGAGCUUCGCCAAAACUGUCGGGGAGCUGAACUCACUCCACUCCGAGUUAGCCAACCAGAUGGCCGACAAUAUGGUGUUCCCCCUCAUCCAGUUUAGAGAGAAGGACCUCACAGAGAUAAGUACUCUAAAGGAAAUAUACAGCAUUGCCACAGAUGAGCAUGAAGCAGCUAUGGUGAAAUACAGCCGACUGCCCAAGAAAAGAGAGAAUGAGAAGAUGAAGACAGACCUGAUUAAGGAAGUGGCCUAUACCCGAAGGAAGCAGCACCAGUCUUCACUGCAGUAUUACUGUGCGCUAAAUGCUCUCCAGUACAGGAAGAGGGUGGCCAUGCUUGAACCAAUGCUCGGAUACACACAGGCACAGAUCAGCUUCUUCAAAAAAGGAAUCGAGCUGGUGUCAAAGAAGAUGGACAACUUCCUCACCUCUGUGUCUAAAAUGACGCAAAGUAUUCAGUCUCAACUGGACAGUGAAGCAGAGGCCAUGAGAAGCUCUCAGAGGGAGCUGCUCUCUGUAGACGACAGUGUGUACACUCCAGACCACGACCAGCAAUCCGUGAACCGCACACUCAUCCAGAAGGCCGGCUACCUCAACAUCAGGAAUAAAACAGGCCUGGUGACCACAGCCUGGGACCGCCUGUAUUUCUUUACCCAGGGAGGAAACCUGAUGUGCCAGCCACGGGGGGCUGUGGCGGGGGGCAUGGUCCUCGAUCUGGACAACAGCUCAGUGAUGGCCGUGGAGUGUGAGGACAGAAGAUACUGUUUUCAAAUCACCUCCUCCACCGGGAAAACGUCAAUGAUACUUCAGGCUGAAAGCAAAAAGGAGUAUGAGGAGUGGAUCUGUACUGUGAACAACAUAUCAAGACAGAUUUACUUGACAGAUAACCCAGAGGCUGUGGCCAUCAGGCUGAACCAAACUGCCAUCCAGGCUGUCACCCCAAUCACCAGCUUCGAGAAGAGGCAGGAGGGCGCCCCCAACCCUGACAGAGCUAAACCAGGAGGAGUCCAUGUGACCGGAGGGACUCAGAAGUCUGCUCCAGAGCCAGAGGACCUCAUCGCUCCUGGGACACCCAUCCAGUUCGACAUCACCCUCCCCGCCUCAGAGUUCAUGGACCAGAACAGAGGAGGAAGACGCACAAAUCCUUUUGGAGAAACCGGCGAAGAGUGUUUGGCAGAAAGUGAUGACUCGUUGCUGCAGCAGGUUUUCGAGGUUCGUUUCUUGGGCUCAAUGGCGGUGCGCUGUGGGAACAACCAGGAAGUGAUCUACGAGGCCAUGAGACAGGUGCUCGCCGCACGCGCCAUCCACAACAUCUUCAGGACCACGGAGUCGCACCUCAUGGUCACCAGCAAUGACAUCAGGUUAAUCGAUCCUCAGACACAAGUGAAUAAAAUAACUUUCCAGCUUGGUGACGUGACCCAGUUUGCGGCGCACCAGGAGAACGGGCGUCUGAUGGGCUUCGUGGUGGAGGGCAGAGACUGGAGCGAGGGGGAGGAGGAGGGGCAGCCCGCCUUUAGUGCUUACAUCUUUGAGAGCAACACAGAGGGAGAGAAGGUUUGCUAUACUAUUAAUUUGGCAAAGGAUAUUACAGAAGCAAAGAAGGACCCAGAGGCGCUGGCCCAGCUGAUGAAAAACAUGCCUUUAACAAACGACGGUAAAUUCCUGUUACUGGAAUCAGAGAUGGGAAAUGAACCAGAAAGAGUCACUCAAGAAGACCUGGAAUCUGAGGCCUAGUCCUGGUCCGAGUCCUGGGCUAGACCCAAGACCCAGGAUCCAAACCAGUCCAAGGGUCCUCUCCUCAUCCUCACCCAGGAGAAAGGGCUUUCCCUGGGUGACCUCGCGCUCUCACUGUGGUACUAAAACAUCUGCGUUUGAGACUGGCUCUCAACUCUGUGCAAUGAAACUUGUUAUGAGUUCAAAUUAUGGUCAACCAAAAGCUUAUUUUAUGGGAGUUAUUUUCGAAGUAUAGAGCAGUGGUUCCCAGGUACCUCUAAACCUUCUUCUCACACAACAAUUUACUCUUAAUGUGAUGUACUGAGAAUACACCUGUUUACCACACGCUAACAUUUAUUUAGUUUAAUUAUGUCCCAAAUCAUCAGACGUGGGUAGAAUAGCCAAAGGUUUUACACAAAUAAGAGUUAUGUUACUUCAAAAUAUAUCGCUCAAGUGGAAAUAUGAAGUAGUGGCCCAAGAAAUAAAUAAAUAAACAUUGCCUGAAAUCAGUUUAAGUGCCCCCUGAUCAGUGUCACGUAUCGCUCUUGGGCACACUGAGGUAGACAACUGCUUAGUCCUGGUUUAGUUCAUAUUCAGACCUGAUAUUGUUUGUUAGAUUAUGUUCACAUGACGUCACUACAUUCUCAAGUGCACAUAGUCUAAACUGAGCUGGAAGGCGAAUUAUAAUUCACUGAAACAAUUUGCUGUUAAACUCAAUUCCAAGAGAAAGGACAUGCACGUCCAUAUCAGAGCAAAAGAACCAGUUUCUUUAUUCAUAAACUGUCAAUUUCAGACAUUUUUUAUGCUUGUAUGGUUCAUAUUUUCCAAUUACUAAAACAAAAACUGGCUUAAAGUUCAACCUCUUUUCUGUCAACACAAGUGAACUCAGACUUGUGCACUCAUUUCAGAUCAGAAACACCUGGCUUUAAUCAGGGCAAACACCUGGCUGAAGGGGCGGAGUUUGAAGUGCAGAUACCUGUUCGACCAAUCACACUGUUCCUCAUAUGUCCAGACCCCGCCCCUCCUCUUCUCUCGCGCUCUUCUUCUUCCUCCAGGCUCUGCCCAGUUUAGCGCCUCUAUUUGAAAUGUGGUUAUAGGUGGAGUUUACAUGUUUAGUCCCACUUUAAGAUCCAAUAUAGUCACUUUUAUUGCAAAUUUUGGAAUUGCUACCAUUUAAUUUGUUUUUGGAGGCCAUGUUUGAAGGAUUUGGUUGUGGUGUUUGGAAAAAGCGAGGGCAACUAUGUAUAGUAAUGUUAAUAAACUUACGAUGUUUUUGCUUAACUUUAGGUUUACGGUUAUUAUAAGUUAAAGAGUUUAUUAUGCAUCUAUUAUUUCAUAAUCUUAAAGCUGUGGAGGUCAUUCUUUUAUUACCGCAGUCAUUUUUAUGGCUAUGCAGGAAGUAAUUAAUUCAUGGAUUGGGGGACAGAUGUUGAGUUUGGACCACUACUUAGUCCUGGUUUAGUUCUUGUUCAUAAGGCGCGAUCCUGGUUACCGUAUUUUUCGUUGUAUAAGUCACACCAGCCAAAAAAAUGCAAAAAUAAUGAAGAAAAAAACAUAUUUCACUUAUAAAUCGCAUCUGAGUAUAAGUCGCACCGCCGGCCAAACUAUGAAAAAAAGUGCAACUUAUAGACCGGAAAAUAUGGUAAAUACUAGACCUGUUUUUGCUUCUAUUUGAAUAACAUUUGAAAAUAUGUAGACCACUUCCUAGUCCUAGUUUAAUCCAAGUUAACAUGAUUUUAAGUUCAAAACAUGUUCAAUUCAGUUAAGACCUGUUUAAGUCCUGGUUUGGUGUUAGUUCAGUCCAGGUUUCACUUCUAGUUUAGUUAAUUUUGAGUCAUUAUGCAAAUGAGGUAAAUAAUGGCUACGGUGGUGGUUGUUGAAGAUGGUUUGAGGUUUGAGACUCGGUGUUAUUGGUAUUUUACCCAUUUCGAUAUGAAGUCCAUUUGUGUAGCGAUGAAGCAGGGACUGUUAACUUUAAAGAUGCACUAUGUAACUUUAGCCUCUGGGGUCUGCCACCUGCUCGUCUGUACGGAGUUGUGAUUGCGUUGUCUGGAAUGUUCUUCAGCCUCUAUCAUGCCUCUCCACAGAUCUGACCUGUAACACGGCCUCGUCUGGGUUCACCGUUUUGUCUCUAUAAGCAGAUAGCAGACCCUCCACAAGAAAAGUUACGUACUGCACUUUAAAGUUUAACACCGCCUGUCACUAUAAAAAAUUAAUUGACAUUUUAAUGAUCUUUCCCUCUACGAGUGAAUUACGCCUUAUAGUUAUUCCGCGACGCAGCGCUCCACAUCUGAAUACCACUGUCUAAGCCGUCCAGAUGUUCAAAUUAAAAUGUGCUCUUAGUAGCUUCUGUAAAUAUCUUGUUUUUUUUAUGUUUAAUCAGUCCCUCUCCUCUUCACUCCCUUUGAGCACUCACACUAAGCCCUACAAGACAUACUACAGAAACAAUUAAACACAUUAUGUAAGAACUUAUUGCUUGGGCUAAUCUUGUGUACAUAAAAGCGAAUUAAAAGCGCAGUGAUGGAUGAGUGGGAUAUUACUAUUGUCACUCACCGCCGCUGCACAUCCUGUUCUGUUUUAGCCUAAUUAGCAAUAAGCGCUAAUCCUUAUCGACAACAACAGUAAUCAGGUGUUUGAGCUGCAUUUACGUGUAAUGUAUGUCUAAAUAUGAUUGCCUCUAAAUGCAGUACAGUACAUUAAAACUACUAGAAAUGUACAAUAAUCUCUAACUGACAACAAGGGGAAUUAGAGGUGGAAAGUAUUGAAUUGCAUGUACUUGUAAUUUCAAAUACUUGUGCUUUGAAAGAGCUUUGUCUACGCAGUACGGUUGCCUCAAAACUACACACUAAAAAUGUAGUACUUCAGACAUUGUACUUCAUAAUAAUAUAAUCAAAUAUGGUUAUACAAAAAUACAAAAAUGAGCAUGUUUUGGUUUUUUUUUACACUUCAUUUGACGCUGCUAAAACUGACACUUGUAACACUAUCACGCUUUCUUUUUUUUUUCUUCAAAACUGCAUGGUCAUAUAAUUUUGCUUUGAAAUCGACAAAGUUUUGGUACUUCUGCAUUCUGGUUGUGUAUGUAAAAUACUAAGGGUUGUAUCAUUCUUCCGUCCUGAUGUUUAAGUUGAAGGAGACCACUACCUAACAAUGCAUUGCACUUCAUGUAUUGUAAUUUUCUAAAAUCUUAAUUAAAGUCCUGUUUUCAUUUU